ACGCGGUCCGGGUCUGCAGCCUUUCGGAGAGCCCUUGCAGCCAAUCAAAGGCGAGAAAGACGGGAUCUUCCUUGAACAUGCUACGAUUCCAAUUGACGCUUCAUUGCUACAUGUAAACAAAGCACAGAGAGACGAGGCGAUGACCAGAACCGGGCUGUAAUCGGAACAAAGCCCUCGCAGCAGAGCCAGACUGAAGAAUCUGGUUAGUGGACUGAACGCGAAGCGGAAAGAUGUCCAUGGAAGAUCCAUUCUUCGUCGUUAAAGGGGAGGUAGAGAAGGCAGUGCAUGUAGCUCAGAACCUCCAUCACAGAUGGAGCAACCUGAAGCAGGAAGGGGGCAGAGCCUCCAAAGAAGAAAUGGACUGGACAACCAAUGAGCUGAGGAACAGCUUGCGAUCCAUUGAGUGGGAUCUGGAGGACCUUGACGAGACCAUCAGCAUCGUGGUGUCCAACCCUAAGAAGUUCCACCUAGAUGCAGCAGAGCUAAUGAGGAGGAGGGCCUUCAUCACCAGUACAAGGCUCUCGGUCAAGGACAUGAAAGAGCAGAUGUUGAGCCCAGCUGCUAACCCAAACCCAAACCCGGCUGACAGACAGAACAAACAGACUUUUCCUGUUGAGGUUCUGCUCAGGGAGUGUGGAGCCCAGGGCCCCAUCCGGCAGUCUAGUUCUGAUAAGUAUGGCCGAUUGGACCAUCAGCUGCAGAACGCCAACUCUCAGUUCAUUGAGGAGCAGCAGGUGCAGCAGCAGCUGAUUGCAGAACAGCAGGAUGAACAACUGGAACUGGUGUCCGGAACCAUCGGGGUACUGAGGAACAUGUCAGAGCGAAUUGGCAUGGAGCUGGAUGAGCAGACUGUGAUGCUGGACGAUUUCGGCCAUGAGAUGGACAACACUCAGUCCCGAUUGGACAACGUUAUGAAGAAACUGGCUAAAGUGUCUCAUAUGACCAGUGAUCGUCGUCAGUGGUGUGCUAUUGGCGUGUUGCUUGGCAUCCUCCUGGUUGUCCUCGUACUACUCUUCAUCCUCUGAUUGAUGCCAACACUUUACUACAAAAUCAGGUUCUGAUCCAGAUCCACUGGGACUGGUCUGGACUUACCUGGACUGUAAUGAACUAAACUGGGCCAUACUCCAGCGGAGUGGUGUCUUCCUCUUGGUUUGUUUGUAUUUAUUUCAGUUAGUCUGAAUUUAUAUUUAAGGAUCUAUAAAUAAUCAUUUUUCCAGUUUAAUCAGUUAGACCCCAGUUCAGGAAGAACCCAGUUCCAGCAAAUCAGAGCCGAGCAGGCUGGGUUCUGAUUGGAAGCUUAGAUGGGUUGGGUCAAACCUGACUCCUGGUUCUGUUGGUGGUCCUGGGUUAGUUCAGGUUUGUUGAAACACUAAAACUUGCAGUUUGUGUUUUUUUCAGUUUCUGUUUGUUUAUUUUGUAGUUCUGAUCAAAUGUAAGUGUUUGGAUCUGAGGAAGUCCCCCUACAUACUUCUUGCUGCUGCUUCACAAUAAAAGCGCGUCUCUGAUAA